AUGACUGCCCUAGGUGCAGGUGUCGACAUCGUCAAUAUACGCUUGGUUUGUUUUGUUAAUCUCCCUCAUUCAUUUGUCGCCUUUGCACAGGGUAGCGGCAGAGGUGGGCGAGAUGGGAGGACUUGCAUUACGGUAGUGGUGUUUGGUUCCGACGAGCUUUAUAAAUCACCGGAGAAUAAUUUCUUUGAGCUUGAUAUUGAGAGUCUUCGUUCAUUUUUAGCAACGGACUCAUGCCGGCGUGCCUGCCUCUCUGAAUACUUUGACGGUAAAAGAGAGAGGUGUGACCCAGAUCAUGAUGAGUUAUGCGAUAACUGCACAAAGAGAUUGAAGGGAAAGCGGAAGCAAACUUUAGAUCAACAAGUAUCUGUGCGACGCAGUCAUACAUCUGUUCCACAAGACUACACUCUUAUUCAACAUGAACAGGAAGCGGAAGUCCUCACUAGAGCAGAGGCUGUAGCUCCUGCCGUACCGCAAGCUGUAGCACUUCGUACUCCUGCUCCAUUCCCUUGGCAGAAAGUUAAUGAAGUUAUCGAAAUUUCCGAUGCAACACAAGAUAUCCCUGCUGCAACAGCAACACCGAGAGCUACAAGGCGCAGAGCGCGCAGAAUUAUAGAGUCUAGCUCUUCUGAAAGUGAAGGGGAUCUCCCUAACUUUGAGCAAAAUGGUGAGCCGAUAUGCGAUUCGCCUGUGCCAGUCGCUAGCCGGAGCUCUACGUGGACAACCAGAACCACCAAGAGCAGUGGUAUAUCUAAGUUGAGGGGUGGAACGCUAUCUGUAUCUUCUCCAAGGAAUAGAAGAGUUGAUCCUCUGACUAGGAAAAUAACCUACUCAAGGAGGAUUAGUCCGAAGAGAGCGCACACUACUAUAGCAGCCACUACCGCUGCUACCACCAUUGCUACCACCAAAGUGAAGCCAGAAAGUGGAGCUCCUCGUAAUUCAAAUACAGCGGACUCAAUUACCGUAGCCAUUACCAGCGGUCGUUCGCGGAUUGGUCCUUGGGAUAAAUUUCAGAGCAAGCAGAAAAAUGAAGACUGGUGGAUAAAGGCUGUUGCCGAACUUGAAGCAAUGAAAGGUCAGUGUACAUUUUGCUGGGUUACCACCAGGAGCCGGAUUGCAUUAGAUCAUAAUAUUGAGAAUUGCACCCAACGCGUACCACUUGAAGAUUUUGGUCCAUAUAAGCCCACUUAUUCCGAAUACAGGAGCUGGAGGAAGGCACUUCAAUUCAGCGAGUACACAUGCUGCUAUCAAUGUGCAUUGCCGAUGAACCUUUGCAAUCCGGUCAGGGUGGUAAAGUGUUUGUAUGGCCGUAAUAUUGUUGCACCAGUAGCGUAUAUGGCUCAGUAUCUACCAACAUUCCGGGCAGAGGUGGAGGCUUUAAUGGGUAAGCCAUUGCACUCAUCAGAGUACCUGAUUUGGCUUGGGCAAAAGACCGAAUUGUAUGGUAAAAAGUGUUCAAACUUGAUGAAAGUCUUCGAGGUGGGACUUAACCUUGAGCCCAUUAAUCAGUAA